AUGCAGCCCACCAACUUCUCUGCUGCUUCGACGCAUGCCAUCCUGCACUCUGGGCCUUCACCGACGCCGGGUUCGACUUUCCGUUGUAUCGGCGUACGGCGCGUCGCCGGCAAGACAUUCUUCAACUUGCAAACAGCCAAAGGCGAUCUCGUUGCUACCGUCGAGUUUAUUGCUGGCUGCGUACCCGUCAAGGGUGGGACGUUCUAUUGUACGCGUCGCUCGGGCACCUAUAUUGCUCUCAACGUCGAGCAUGCCGCCCCGUUCGCCGCACAAGCGACGUCCAAGACGGAUCAAGUUCUUGCGUUAUGCUCCUCACUCGGGUAUCUGGAUAUCUAG